AGUCUGCUGCAGAACAGGGGUGAUGUGGUGGAUGGAGGGGGUUCUGGAGGAAUGAUUCGAGCUGCAGAGUGUCUGGACCAGUUGAAAUUUAUGGAGGUAUUUGUGGGGUAGACCGAAGAGAAGAGGUUGCCAGUAGUCGAUGCGGGAGGUGACAAGCUGUGUAAGAAUGGCAGUGGAGUGGGAGAAAGGGAAGGGGCGGAGGUGAUUAAUAUUGCGUAGGUGGAAAUAUGCAGACCGGGUGAUGUUAUUGAUAUGGGAUUGGAAAGAUAAAGUGCUGUCAAGGAUGACACCCAGACUCUUAACCUGGGGGGAGGGGGAGACAGAGGUCGAUGGAUACACACUCAUUAGGUAAUGUGUCUUCCUGUCAGAGUCUGAGUGCAGAAGGAAGUGGAAGAUGCUGCGGGACCAACACCGGAGGGAGCGGCAGCGGGAGAAAGAGCGACGCGAGAGCGGCGUCGGGCUCUUCAACUACCGGCCCUGGAGAUAUUCGGCCAUUCUGUCUUUUUUAAACCCGUUUAUCGACGCCAGGGCCGCCGGCACCAACGGCUGGGCCCUGGACCCGCAGCCCUCCCUGCUCCAGGUGUCCGACAUGAUGGGCUGCAGCACGACCACCGAAACACGGAGCGACGACGACGAGAAUUACGGUAUCGCUACGACAACGACAACGUCUUCAUCGUCCUCAUCCUCAGAGUUCGUUCAGAGGAAGCGACCGUCGUCGGCCGGCAGAGACCCCGUCAGACUGAAAGAAGCAAAGAUCGAGGAGACGUCGGAGACCGCCGCGAUGGACGACGACGACGACGCACAAAUGCAACAAGUGCAACACGUCAACAUGAAGGAGCUGUUUGAGAUGAUGAUGCAGUCGGUGACGUCUCUGGCGACGUCCUUAGCUUCCUCGCACUCUUCCUCGCACUCUUCCUCGCAGUCCCCAGAUCAGCCGCAGCCCGACCCGCAGACCCGCCGCAGCCCACAGCCGCACUGCGCCGCCUCCAGGCUGAAAACGGAGGAGCUGGAAGGCGUCGGAGAGGAGUCGCAGGAGCACGCCGACGGCGAGGAGGAGUGUCCUGCCAGGCCGACCCGAGCCCAGAGGAGGAGCACCGACGGCCUGCUGGAGGAGUACCUGAGGAGGAUGGAGGCCCGGGAGGCUCAGAGGGACCGGGAUGCGGAUCAGAGAGACGAUGUUACGCUGUUUUUACUGAGCUUGGCGCCCGCCAUGAGGAGGCUCCCCGCACAGAAACAGUCGCUGGUCAGAACCAAGAUCCAGCAGCUGCUCCACCAGGCGGAGUUCGGUGCUGCGGACUUCCACUGAACCCAAAUAGUUUCUAUAAACACUGCAUGGAUCUCAUACUUACUUAACUCUCUCCAUUUUUAUAAAGACUGUGGCUCCACCGUUUGUGCUCUUUGUAAUAAAAUCCUCUUCUAACAGUU